CUAAUUUCCAUUAACCGCGCACACGCGUGAAUUCUUCUAUUUCUAUCACUUGAUUUCAAUCAUUGAAUCCAAUCGAAGUUAUGGUUGAAAACUAAUAAGAUGGAUCCCUUCUCUUUGCUUUCUCUCUUCCCGGGUAUCAACCUUUCCCCAGUUUCUCUCCCAGACGCUGAUGAGACGGAGCUGUUUGAACCAACACUUGGUGGCUUCAGCGAAGAAUGGACAACGCAGGGUCUAUUUAGGAACACGGUUUCAAUCACGAUCAAUGAACGCCAUGAUAUAGCCCGCGAUUCCAAAAGGGGUUUCUCCACGCUGGCCUCAGAGUUGUGGGAUCCUAAUCCGGAAUCAUAUUACCGACUUGAAGGCUAUGAUUUCCUUGAUCCGAACGAAUUCAUAGCUUCUAGUCCGGGUAGACGGAAAUCUAGACUCCAUUUCGGAGCUUUUCAAGAAUUUGUGGAGGAUCCUGAUAGAAAAUGGGCUCGCAUGGUCAGGGCUAUACAUUGUGCAGCUGUUGGGGAGGGGGAUUUGAAAGUUUCUAUCUCAUGUGCUACCAUUACGUCCCCUUCAGUUCGUAGGUAUUUUGCACGGAAUCACGAGCGCUCUCAUGACCCUACGAGACGGUUCGCACUAGAACUCAGAAAGCUUGACGAAUUAUACCGCAACCUGAGAAUGGGGGAAAACGUGAAGCCUCUAGUUCUCUUGCAAUGCCAACAUGCUACCCUUAACAUAUUUGCCAACUUUUUAGAAUUGAUGGCAAUGACUUACACGAAAAGUCGGAGUCGAGACUACGAUGCUCGCUUGUCCGGGCUUAGACGCUGGCAACUGGAAGCAAUAAUGAACGACUCCCAGCUUUAUCGGGAAAUUUCGGAUUCCGGUAACGAAUUGAUAGCUACGAUAGAGUCGCUGCUUGACCUAGUUGUGGGAAUAACAGAAAAGCAUGACAAUUGUUCCCAGCAGCAAGCUAAGCUCAUAGUCCUUGACAAGGCCCUUCGCGGUUGUUGCAAAGACAUCAAGCUACGGCUCUCAAGGCUUUCUGACGGCUUAGAGCAGAGCCUCAAAUUUCUCAGCAUAACCCGGGAGCUAAAUCAAUCCGGCAAUGUUCAGAAUUUGACCCUCUUGGCCACUAUUUUCUUGCCCCUCUCACUCGCCGCCGGUGUACUCAGCAUGCAGUCACGAUUCAAAAAUCUGGGAAGUCUGAUAUAUGACUUCUUUGGCGUCGUAGUUCUCCUUGUGGCCAUCGUAAUUCUCUUGCUCGGUAUCAUGUUUGUCUUGACCAAUAUAAGGGAGCUCGAAAGCAAGGUAUUGAAGUACAAAGCUUACAGACAGUUCGAGAGACGGGUUGUCCUAGGCAUAUUCGGCCUUAUGCUGAUCCUGUUUGGGGCCGUUGUCUUGACCUCCUUCAUUAUUGGAAUGUUUAAGGAUAUCGUGCUUGGAGCUACCAUCCUUGGUUACGGAGUGAUCGUGUUGGUCUUCGGGCCAGUAGUUAUCUGGAUCAUUGCCCCAAGUAUAGAACAAAGCAUUCGAAGGUUGAAGGAGAUAUAUGUGGGCUUAUUUCAUGUCAUCGGUGAAUGGAUCAGCGAUAAAAAGAAGGGUAAAGAAAAAGAUGUGGAGAGGAAUCCCGGGGCGCGUCAAGGGGAGGCGAAGCCAAAAACUAGACUUGAUCACGGCAACCAAGCUACUGAGCUCCAAGUACGAGAUGCCUAGGAGAUAGGCAAUAUUACAACUGCUUCGGAAGAAAUUCAUACUAAUGCGGUGGGGAAGUAAACUAGUUGGUAGCGAACAAAUGUGCCCCCUAGUUGCCUUAACUUGAGGUAAGAGGCCAAACUUGCCUGUCGUAUCCAAACCACGAUAGUCUCCCGAAAAAAUGGAAAACAGCCAAUACUUGCGGCUAUUAUUACUUCAUAGAGCCCCUUGCAUAGGGUAGUGAAACUUCUGUGGAAUGCGAGUAUGCAUCGUCAGUUCCACAGGUUCGAAAUCGGAAGCUAUGCAUUGCUUCCCCGUGCGGCUCCUCGCAUGACGGUAACUCUGAUGGGGACCUCUUCGCCUUACGCCGUAAGCUACG